UCUCCUUCUCGCAGCUCCGUUUGCCAUUCUGCAUCAUUCACUGAGCCCGCGUUCUGGAGCCUUCUAGGGUUCAAAUAGACCUGGUUAUAGCCCCCAUGAAGACUUGAUAGCUACAUCUAUCCUCUUGCUCAGCACCCUCGAUUCUUGACGCAAACGCAUCCUGCUUCUCUCAGUCAUCAGGCCUCUUGUCUUCGAUCCCGUCUCUAGUCAUGGGUUCCGCAGCCUAUCACGACUUCAACCCCGACGGCUGCGGCGUCGACGACGUUCCCAGGUUCAGCCUCUCCCACUCUCCUGAGAGCCUCAAGACGGCCACCACUCCAGGCACCCCAGACGACCUCCAGAGCGAGUUUGGCGAUGCCAUCGCUGCUGCUCAAAGCUCCUCUGCUUCUGCUUCUGCUUCUGCUGCCAGAGCUACCUCGGCCCUCAGAGUCUUCACCCAUCGCCCCAACGACUCCAUGUCGUCCAUCAGCGAGUUUGCCACGGCUGCCAAUGGCCCCAAGCCCAUGCUCGGCGCCGAUAUUCCUCGCUUCUGCGGCAACUUGGGCAUUGGCAAUCGUGCUGCUGCUCAGAUCUGGGCACCGCCGUCGGUGCCUCUCGACCACGGCGCUGCUGUCGAGAGACAGAAUGCCGCGCACUUUCGAUGGGGCUCGUUGGACGCUCACAGGAGCUUGGUUGCUGGCCAUGGACAUGAGAACCCAUUGUCGCGUCUUCCGCCUUUCUUGGCCAACCAGCACCAGCUUCCUACCAUCGUCGACAGCCCCAUCAGCGUGACUCGUCCGUAUGGCCCUGAAGCUGUUGCUUCUGCUCGUUCAUACAGCUCCGAGACUGUUGCUUCUGAGAGACCAUUUCCUCGCCAGCCAUUCACGCAGCCGAAUGUGCUUCGUCAGUAUCACCAUGACAACCAAGGCCUCCCCGUGAGACGCUACAUCCCUCCAUCCAGCAAGAGCAACUCUUCUUUCGACCUCUCGGAGAUCCAGAGUGCCUUGCUAAGCUCGACUGCUGCGUCCGAAAUCGACGACACUCAGCCUCUUGGGAUCGACAUCCUCCGUCUCUCUCCUCCCCGAACUGACCCUAUCCGACAGCCUAUCCCUCCUCCUUCUACCGUCCAAGUUCCUCCCAACAUCAACAUCAACACCCAUGAACAGCCUCAUGGCUUCUUGCCCAUGCAAGCCGUAAUGCAACAAACUCCCCCCGGAGUCUUCACCCACGAAGCCUGCGGCGACGGCUUUGGUUCGUCCAAGUUCUCGACUCAAUAUCACGGCAUGCACACCGAAACCAACGCCAGCGCCGAACAUCUCGCUCCCGAGCAAAACUGCGCUCUCUGGCUCACCAACCUGCCCCCCGGAGUGUCCACCCACGAGCUCCUCACCGCCAUCCGCAACGUCGGCCGCGUCUGGUGCAGCUACGUCAACUAUCCCGACUACGUGACCCAUCAGACCGCCGCCGCCAAAGUCGUCUUCUUCACCCCCGAGGCCGCCCAGUCGCUCCUCAGCGUCUCCUGGACCCGCGGCCUCUACAUCCAGGGCUACCGCGUCAAGGUCUCGCACAACCGCAUCAAGUACGGCAGCCACGCCAUCACGGGCAAGAUGUCGCGGUGCCUCAUCAUCACGGGCCACGCCGACUUUGUCAACGAGGCCAGCCUGAGCAAGUUCUUCAAGGACCGCUUCAUUUACCAGGUCGACGAGGUGGUUGAGCUGAUCAAGGCCGGGGGACGGGCUGUUGUGGAGUUUAAGUUUGGGAGCUAUCGCUGCCAGUCGCAGAUGGGCAAGAUGUCCCUGGAGAAGGAUCGCCCUGCUGGCUUUGAGAAGGUCGAGUUUGGAGACGAUCCCUGCGAGGUUGGCGAUACCAUGUCGUCGUAUGGGAUUGCCGCAGAGAGAAUCCAAGGCAGGGGUCUUUGAUUGAGCAAAGUGUCAAGUUUGGCCCGCUUGGGUAUGCAUAGAUGGUUUUGAAGGAAUAUGGUUUGGAAUGAAUGGUCAUGGAAAUGUUUUCUCUAUUUUCUUUUUCCUUUUCUGUUUAGCACCGACGACUUUCUCAGGGUGGACAUUGCUCUAAUCAAUGACUUUGUUGGUUUACAGGUUGGAUGAUGGUGGAUUUUUUCUUUUAUCUUGCUCGACAGGACAUCAGGCAUCAAGUUCG